AAUAUGGGUUUUAUUUUGAAGGCUCCCUGCGGAAAUCCUGUGUCUUAUCGCGUGCUUUUGACUCUGCUGCUAUGGAAACCAUAGUGGGCGGAGCCUGCUGCUGCCAUUCGAUUCCGGGUUUGAUGCGGUGAUGAAGUCCUCGGUGACCAGCGGACAGUAUAGUCAGCCUCUACGAGCUACUUCAGCGCACAAACUUAGUACCUGCUGUUCGGCCAGUCUGCGCACUUAUCCCGGGAUAAAAAAAACAGACAUUUACCCACAGUUUCAGUCUAAUUAUUGCCCGUUAAUCCAGGCCAGGCUAGACGUGUCAGCGCACUAUCCCCACCACCUUUUCGUGGACUAUUUUUUUCUCCCCUCGCAGUCAGAACAGUCUGAUGCUUUAAAGGGAGAAAACACACACUUUGCUGGAUUGUUUACCGGAGAUGAUGAGGAGAAGAUGUGGAAGCAGGUCUUAUCGGACUGAUGAUGAUGAGGAUUAUCUCUGUAACUAACCCAGAUGCAGUGAGGUGCCCUGGUUGCGGAUUGUGCCUGCUCGGUUAUCGAGCCAAGGGGGAGAAUUUGGGAGAAGUGGUUGGAGCACAAAGAGCUGUUUAAAGGCGAGGAUCCAACAAGUUAGGACCAUGAUCCCACCGUGCUGACAGAGGACUGAGGUGGGAGAGGAGUGUUGUUUUCUACCCAGACUUUAACCACAACACAAAGUUGGACAAUCCAGAGAAGUUUCCAGUCUGUCCUCCCAGUUAAACCAGCUUUAUAUUCACACUUAGCCAGAGUGUAUGUUUUUUUUACUGCAGUUUUUUUGACCACAGUGUGAAGCUCUCUGAUCUGAAGACCACUUUAAAUGCGGACUGGUUUGCGGUCAGUGAGUGCACAGCCGAGCUGCCAGUGCCACUUCAUUUUUAAUUCAAGCAUUUUUUUGGACCAUUUUUUUACCAACAAUAUGGAGCUGACAUGCAGGAGCAGUGUUGUCCUGCUGGGGUGCAUCUUCUUCUUCCUGGCUUCUUGCAGAGGAAGAGGUCUUGAUGAACACUAAGACGGAGACUUCUGAUCUCAGAUGGACUAUCUUCUCACACGCCAAACCCGAGUGGGAGGAAGUAAGCGGUUUAGAUGAGGAGAACAACGGCGUGAGGAUCUAUCAGAUCUGUCAGACCGACGGCGCAUCCAGCCACUGGCUGCGCAGCGGCUUCAUCCAGCGACGGGGAGCAUCUCAGGUUUACGUGGAGCUGCGGUUCACCAUGAUGGAGUGUUCGUCCAGCAGCACCCACCACCGCAGCUGUAAGGAGACCUUUAACCUGUACUACUACCAGGCAGACUCCAACGAGGCCACGUCCUCCUACCCGCCCUGGAUGGAGAACCCCUACACCAAGGUGGACACAGUGGCUGCAGACUUUCUACUGAGGAAGGACGCGGAGCGGAAAUUCAACGUGAAGACAUUAAGACUCGGCCCUCUCUCUAAGAGAGGCUUCUACUUGGCCUUCCAGGCUCAGGGCGCCUGCAUGGCCCUGCUGUCCGUCAGGGUCUUCUUCAAAAAGUGUCCCCCCCUGGUCAGCGCUCUUCCUUUCCCCGAGACGGUUCCCCGCUAUCUGGUGCAAGAGGCGCAGGGUGUGUGUGUGGAGCACGCCUCCCAGCAAGGGCCUCGACCUCGGCCGCCUAAGCUCUUCUGCGGGGAAGACGGCCAGUGGGUGGGCCAGCCGACAACCUCCUGCGCCUGCAUGCCAGGAUUCGAGGCCGCUGAAGGACACACUAGAUGCACAGCCUGUCCUGUGGGUCAGUUCAAGUCGGCCUCAGAGGGACAGUGCACAGGCUGUCCAGGAUUCAGCCACGCCGCCAUCGGAGGGGCGUCGGUGUGCGCGUGUCGCUCUGGAUACCUGCGUGCAGAGUCUGACACUUCCGACACCCCGUGCACCAGAACUCCCUCGGCUCCGCGAAGCGUCGUCACCCAGAUCAACGACACCACGCUCAGCCUGGAGUGGAACGAACCUCUGGACAACGGCGGCAGAACGGACCUGAGCUACGCCGUAAGGUGCUCCGUGUGCCGGUCGACCAAGGGGCCGUGCCUCUCCUGCGGAGACAGCGUCAGCUAUCGGCCUGCGCAGCCCGGCCUGCUGGGUCGCAGGGUGGAGGUGUGGGGCCUGCUGCCUCACACCACGUACUCCUUCACCAUCCAGACUCUCAAUGGGGUGUCUCAGGUCAGCGGCAAAGACCCUGCCAGUGAAAGCGUCAACAUCACCACCAGCCAUGACGUGCCGUCGCUGGUGUCUGUGAUUCGGAAGAGCGACUCCACAGAGAGCAGCCUGACUCUACACUGGUCAGUGUCGGCUCAGCCGCACUACACCAUCCUGCAGUAUCAGCUACGCUACUGUGAGAAGGAGCGACGUAGUGAAGAUCAGUGCCACUACACAGAGAGUAACAGAAACCAGGCUGUGCUGACGGACCUCCGCAGGGCCACUCAGUACGAGGUGCAGGUUCGGGCGCGCACCAUGGCCGGUUAUGGCAGCUUCAGUCCUGCAGCCGUGUUCGGCACGCUGCCUGACGGUCAGGACUCCCAGUUCUUAGUGCCUGGCAUCCUUAUCGCCGUCGGGAUGCUGCUGCUCGUCACGUUCGUCUUAGUGGCCGCCUACUGCAUACGCAGACACAGCCGAGUAAAGGAUCCGGAGCUGAGCGACAAAAACAACCAGUACCUCGUCGGCCAAGGGGUCAAGGUUUAUAUCGACCCCUUCACCUAUGAGGACCCUAAUGAGGCCGUGCGAGAGUUUGCUAAGGAAAUUGAUGUUUCCUUUGUGAAGAUCGAAGAGGUUAUCGGUGCUGGAGAGUUUGGGGAGGUGUGUCGAGGACGGCUGAAGAUCCAGGGAAAAAAAGAGAACUACGUAGCAAUUAAGACACUGAAGGGAGGCUAUACUGACAAGCAGAGGCGGGACUUCCUCUCUGAAGCGUCCAUCAUGGGUCAGUUCCAGCACCCCAACAUCAUCCACCUGGAGGGGAUCAUCACGGCCAGCUGUCCAGUCAUGAUCCUCACAGAGUUCAUGGAGAACGGAGCUCUGGACUCUUUUCUACGGCUGAACGACAGCCAGUUCACUCCCAUCCAGCUGGUGGGCAUGCUGCGCGGCAUAGCCUCCGGUAUGAAGUACCUGGCAGAGAUGAGCUACGUCCACCGAGACCUGGCUGCCCGCAACAUCCUCAUCAACAGCAACCUUGUGUGCAAGGUAUCCGACUUCGGCUUGUCACGCUUCCUGCAGGAGAACUCGUCUGACCCGACGUAUACCAGCUCUCUGGGAGGUAAGAUCCCAAUCCGCUGGACAGCACCGGAGGCGAUAGCCUUCAGAAAGUUUACCUCAGCCUCAGAUGUGUGGAGCUAUGGCAUUGUCAUGUGGGAGGUCAUGUCUUUUGGAGAGAGACCAUACUGGGACAUGAGCAACCAGGAUGUAAUCAAUGCCAUAGAGCAAGACUACCGGCUGCCACCGCCCCCCGACUGCCCCACCCACUUGCACCAGCUGAUGCUGGACUGCUGGCAGAAGGACCGCUCGGCACGCCCUCGCUUCGCGGACCUCGUCAGCGCUCUCGACAAGCUGAUCCGCAACCCCGCAUCCCUCAAAAUAGUGGCUCAAGAAGGAGCAGGGCCGUCCUACCCCCUGCUGGACCAGCGUGCACCUUUAGCCCUCUCGUCGUGUGCUUCAGUGGGGGAAUGGCUGAGGGCCAUCAAGAUGGAGCGCUACGAGGACAGCUUCCUGCAGGCCGGCUUCAAUACAGUGGACCAGCUGGCUGAGAUCACCACACAGGAUCUGCUGCACAUGGGAGUCACUUUGGCCGGGCACCAGAGGAAAAUCCUCUCCAGCAUCCAGACAAUGACCUUUCGGAACAAGAGCACCACAACUGUGACCUUCUAGCUCACCCAUCUCCUAACCUGGACGUGUACACCAGCACGCCGGUGCAGCAAUGUACUGAGAGCACUCUGGAUCCUCUCCUGUGACCCACUUUGAACUCGGUCUCCAAGGGAGAUUGGCAGAAUUGACAAAUGACCAGAAAAAAAAUUCAAAAAAUAGACGACUUUCCCAUCAGGAUGAGAGAGAGUCGUCCAGAGAUGGGCGAGUCCCUGUCGCCCGCAGUGACAAGGGGACGAAGUUGAUUAAUUUUUACAGUUUGUGGUCGGUGUUUUUAUAUCUACCUGAAAAUAUGACCCAAUAAUUGUGCUAAACCAAGAGGAGAGACUGAUCAGAAUUUACUAAGUUUCUGUAGUAUCAUGUCAUUUUGGAAAAACUGGCAGUGGACUGGUUUGUUGUCCCAGUAAAAAGUCACUUCACCAAAGGAGACGAAAAGAAACAGUGCCAAUCCAAGUUCAGUUUUCAUAUUGUUGUGUAAUUAUGAAUGAGAACUGCUUGCAUUAAAUCCUUCUGGAUUACAUCACUACAUGGACAUUUUUUCACAUCAAGACUGGACAUUUUACUUCUUUGUUUCUGUUUGAUUUCAACAUUACCUCCUCUUUACUCAGGUGUGAUGUGUAAUGCAAACUUUGGAGAGCGCUGUACUCGUCCUAAUCAGACUUCUUUCAUCUUCCUCAGUCUCUCCCCUCAUGGGCUCCACAGCGCGACACAGAGACAUAUCAGCACUUUUGUCAUUUCAGAGUGAAUUGUAAUCUUCAGUGACUCCAUGUGUUUCUCUUGGAGUAUGGUGGGUUAUUUCUACUGCCUGUGUUUCUGCUGGCAGCUCCGUUUUAUUAUAGAAAGACUGAACAAGGACCAAGUGGACUAAGAGACUAGAGAACACUGUCGAAUUGGUUUUCUUUGUAGAAAUUUACCAAUGACGCUAUCUGGCCUCAAACUUGUUUUUCUUGAUAUAUCUGAUGCAUUUUUAAUUCUCUUAUUCUGUAUUCUACAUCUUCCAGUGCCAUUCAGUCGUCUUUGUGGACUUAAAUGCCAAUUUUAUAAAGCAGAAAUCUCUCAUGAGUGAUUUUUGUCUCAUUAAAAUGUACCUCAAAGGGUUACUUUGACAUUUUGAAGCUGAGUGUAUUAUUUUUCUUCAUGCUGGUUGUGUACUUGGCAAAUUGUUUCUGCCUUUGCCUCGAAGCUACACAAAAUGAGUGUAUUAAAUUCUUAAUAUAUAGCAUUGAAAACGAUGUACAGCUACAAGUGAAGCUAACAUGCUAGCUUGUAGCCAGCAGUAUCCAUUGGUUUCAGGGUGGAAUGCUAACGCUGUUGAGCUGCUGUUUGAUUAGCACAGCAGCUAUCCCUCAUGUUUUAAAUGUAUUAUUUCUGUUCAUCAGAUGCUGGUUGUGUGGUCAGCAAAGUAUUGCUGUUUUUGCCCCAAAGAAGCUACAAAAUGUUUCUCAACAUUUAAGCAAAGAACACAAUACAUAGCCACCAGCUAACAUGCUGGCUUGUAGCCAGUAUCCAUUGGUUUCAUGGUGGAAUGCUAAUAGUAUUGUUGAGCUGUUGUUUGAUUAGCCGAGUAGCCCUCCACACAUUAUUACAAAGUGCUUGUUGAAGAAGAAUGGCAGACUGGAGUUCAAAAUGUUAAAGUAUUACUCAAAGACUUUGCAUCUCUCGGAAGGAUAAUACCAGUCUUUUUGACAUUGAGGUCAUGCGUAAUUUCCCUGCAGUGAAUCAAGAAAAUGAAGUUUAAACAGCUACUACAACAUAUUCAAACAGCUAUGUUGAAUACAAAAUGCAACGAUUGCUUUUUCUAAAGGGUUUUACCUUGGUGCCAUAGAGCACUUUUAUGAUCUUUCAAUUGGCAAUUUGGGUUUUCCUCUUCCUUGGACUUUAACAUAGCAUUUCUAUUAUAUGUGAUAAUUAUCUAGGGUUUCAAGAGGUUUAAAGUGCCAUUUACACACAUUCAAAAUCCAUUCAAUGUGAUGAUUAACAUAAUUCAAGUUAAUUCACACCGAAAAUAAGGUGGUGGUAAUGGCCACACUGAAUGUUUAUUAUCACUUGGAAAAAAUGUGGUUGAAACGUCAGUGAUACCAUCAAAUCAUCCACUCUCUUAUCAAACAUACAGUUACAGGCCUUAAUCAAAAACACUGGUAUUGUCACGCAAGCGUCUGAGAGGUUCUCUUAAGGAUUAUGGGAAUUGUGGUCUUCAUAUUGAAGAUCUCAAUAAAAUCAGCUUUGAAAUAAUGAAUAGAUAAAGUAUGUUUUGAUUACUGUCCUGUGUGUAGGCUAAUCUGUAUUCAGUAUUCAUAAUAAAGAUAAACACCAGUGUUUACCA